UGCCAUCUUUCAGCUCUUCCGGCGGCUGUCUUUUCCGCAAAUGAGAGAAACAUGACUGGUUUUAGUGAAAAGGCUAUCCUUAUAGAUGGCAGGGGUCAUUUACUUGGCCGACUUGCGGCUAUUGUUGCAAAAACCCUUUUGCAAGGAAAUAAAGUUACUGUAGUCAGAUGUGAACAGUUAAAUAUUUCAGGAAACUUCUACAGGAACAAACUAAAGUAUCUGUCGUUUUUGCGUAAACGCUGUAAUGUAAAUCCUGCGAGAGGCCCAUUCCACUUUAGAGCCCCUUCAAGAAUUUUCUGGAAAACGGUGAGGGGAAUGUUGCCACACAAAACCGAGAGGGGUAAGCAGGCACUCCGUAAAUUGAAGGCGUAUGAAGGCAUCCCUCCACCGUACGAUCGUAGGAAGCGUGUCGUAGUACCUGGUGCACUUAGAGUGAUAUGCCUCAAACCAGGACGCAAAUUCUGUCACGUAGGACGUCUGUCCCACGAAGUCGGAUGGAAAUACCAAUCUGUCGUGCGCACCCUCGAGUCCAAACGUAAAGUUAAGGCGGUUCUUGCUAUCCGCAAACGUGACAAACUUAAGAAAAUCACCAAAACGGCCUCCGAGAAGGUUGCCAAACAAGUUAAACCAUUUACAGAGAUCAUCAAUUCUUAUGGUUAUAAUUAAGAAUAUUUAAUAAAAAAGAUUAUUUGACUA